GCUGAACAGACCCUCCUCUGCCCAGGCCUCAUGGACCCCAUGACACACCCUGGGCAUAGCUGAUUGGCCCAGGCAUGGGACACCUGACUGGAGCUGACCAAUCCCGUUCCUCUCCUGGGAAUUUGGAAUUGGGCCAUUCAACCAGUUAACAGUGGGAAGCUGAGCAGAGGCAGAAUAGAAACAGGGUUGGAGUGAGAACCACACGCAAGCCCAAAUGAUGGAGGAGCAGAAAAGCCCUGAGUAAGCAGAGAGAGUUGGUCCACAGAGGCAAUGGAGCAGCCACAACCGAGAGCAGUGCAGCCUGGAGAACAUGCAGCCCCAGGGGGAGAGGUGGAGAGAGAGAGCGGCCGCCUAAGAGGCUGAUGGCUUCCCUGUUCCUGGCUCCAGCCCCCGUGCGUCCUGGCUACAUAUCCUUCCCGGUGUUCAAGAAGGCGAGCCCCAAUGGAAAGCUCACCGUCUACCUGGGAAAGAGGGACUUCGUGGACCACAUCGACCUUGUGGACCCCGUGGAUGGCGUGGUCCUGGUGGAUCCUGAGUAUCUCAAGGAGAGAAGAGUCUACGUGACGCUGACCUGCGCCUUCCGCUACGGCCGGGAGGACCUGGAUGUCCUGGGCCUGACCUUUCGCAAGGACCUGUUUGUGGCCAACGUGCAGUCCUUCCCGCCGGCCCCUGAGGACAAGAAGCCCCUGACGCGGCUGCAGGAGCGCCUCAUCAAGAAGCUGGGCGAGCACGCCUACCCUUUCACCUUUGAGAUCCCUCCGAACCUCCCAUGCUCUGUGACGUUGCAGCCGGGGCCUGAAGACACAGGGAAGGCCUGCGGUGUGGACUACGAAGUAAAAGCCUUCUGUGCGGAGAACCUGGAGGAGAAGAUCCACAAGCGGAACUCCGUGCGUCUGGUCAUCCGGAAGGUGCAGUAUGCCCCGGAGAGGCCCGGCCCCCAGCCCACCGCCGAGACCACCAGGCAGUUCCUCAUGUCGGACAAGCCCUUGCAUCUAGAGGCUUCCCUGGAUAAGGAGAUCUACUACCACGGAGAGCCCAUCAGCGUCAACGUCCACGUCACCAACAACACCAACAAGACGGUGAAGAAGAUCAAGAUCUCGGUGCGCCAGUAUGCAGACAUCUGCCUUUUCAACACAGCCCAGUACAAGUGUCCGGUGGCCAUGGAAGAGGCUGAUGACACAGUGGCGCCCAGCUCGACGUUCUGCAAGGUCUACACGCUGACUCCCUUCCUGGCCAACAACCGAGAGAAGCGGGGCCUCGCCCUGGAUGGGAAGCUCAAGCAUGAGGACACGAACCUGGCCUCCAGCACCCUGUUGAGGGAAGGAGCCAACCGGGAGGUCCUCGGCAUCAUUGUUUCCUACAAAGUGAAGGUGAAGCUGGUGGUGUCUCGGGGCGGCCUGUUGGGAGAUCUUGCAUCCAGUGACGUGGCCGUGGAACUGCCUUUCACCCUAAUGCACCCCAAGCCCAAAGAGGAACCCCUGCAUCGGGAAGUUCCAGAGAACGAGGCGCCAGUAGAUACCAAUCUCAUAGAACUUGACACCAAUGAUGACGACAUUGUGUUUGAGGACUUUGCCCGCCAGAGACUGAAGGGCAUGAAGGAAGACAAGGAGGAGGAGGAGGAGGGCACCGGCUCUCCGAGGCUCAACGACAGAUAGACUGGGGCCAGCCGGCCCUCCCUCCGGGCGGCUCCAGGUCCACUGUCACGCACUAGGAUGCUUGCUCGUCUUCUUCCUGUCCUGGUCCCCCCUCCCUUUUGUUCUUCCAGUUACUACCAGGGGCCCCCAGUGGUCUUUCAGGUCCCAGUGGUGAACCUCUGGCCUCAGGACUAGCCCACGUCACCUUGCCAACAGGGCCACAUGCACCACCCUCACCCCUCUCGCUGCGGUCACCUCUCCACCCCUCCCCCCUUUUCCUGUUGAUCCCCAGAAAGGCCAACAGGGCUCUGGCCUUGGAAUUUGACUCGGGCUGGGGAGCCAAAAGGGGAGGGAGGGGCCCGAGGGCUCGGAGGGGUGGGGUGGGGGCUGAAGACUCGUGGGAGGACGUCCGCUGUUCCCAGUGAUUCACGCAGUUCUGGCAGCUAAAACAUGACCGCAGUGAAGGCACCUCCUCUGGCUUCGAGGGCCAGACCUCCGGAGAGAUUCUCCCUGCGGUUCUUUUGGCAAACACCUGUCCCUACUUUUCUUGUCCCUGGCCCCGUCCAUCUGUGACUGACAGUGACAUUGGUGAAGGUUUGUAGACCCCAGGAACGGAGCAAAGCAGUUGGACUGACUUUCUUACCAGCAGUUGCCUAGUCUAAGGCAGGUUGAAUGAACCAGCCCAAGUCAGUAUCAUCAGGAUGCCAUCCCCUCGCUGCGUCGGAUCUAAUGUGUUUGCCCCAUUUAUAAAUAUGCACAGAGAAGGGGUGGAGGCGGGGGUCUUCAGAAAGCAUCGAGCAUCCGAAGGGCGGCUCUGAGGGAUGGGGGGCCAGGUCGGGGGAUGACAGCCUGUCUGACUCCCUUCCUUCGUGGCCACGUUCCCUGGGGAAGCAAGGCUGGAGGGCCAGAGGGGCCGGGGCCACGGCUAUGCUCCUGCCCUUGCAGUUCUCAAGGGCUGGACUGGGCUGGCCCUGCCGGCUGGGAGAGGGCGCCGGAGACCGCUGUGCCCACAGUCAAAGGGGGUCCUUCCCCAGAAGGUGGCAGGAGCCAUCGAGAGGCCCUCACCUAAGAGGAAGUAGGGGGUCAACAGCCGUGUUAUGCUCCCUGACUGAUCUCGGAAGCGAAGCAGGAUGGGGCCUGGUUCGUACUGGGAUGCGAGAACACGUAGGAAUUUUUUUCUAAGAGGAAGGACUCCUUUGUUUCCCUAGGGAGUUGAUGACCCCUAAGUCGUUCCCAGUGUUAUGGGUACCCAGUACUCUUGGGACAUGGGGCAUUUCCAGGGCAACAGGGCAGGCAGUUGAUGAGGCAGAAAGUGUUCAAAGGUA